AUGGCAACUUUUGGAUUAAAAGAAUUAGAAGAAGAAAUUCUUACUAUUCCUGAUUGUAAAGGACCUAUGAUAAUUGGGUCUAAAGGAAAUACUAUUAGAAAAAUAAGGGAACAAUCCGGAGCAAAAAUUAUUAUAGACUUAAAACAAAGUAAACAUUAUGCCAAAAUUUACGGAACCAAAUCUCAACGAUCAGCUGCUAAAUCGCUUAUUAAGAAAUUGCUUCAAUCAACCAAUCAAUUACGACAUGGACUUGUAUUACCAGCACUCAAAAAAAUAGAAUUUACUACGAUGGAUAAAUUUGAUGAUUGUUUAGAAAUGAUUUCCGAUCAACUCUCUAAGGCGGAUCCUACAAAUUUAAAUCGAAAAGAAAUUCGAUUAAAUAUAUUUAUUGGACAAGAAUUAUUUAUUAAAAGUGGUAUUGUUAAACAAGAUAGAAUAAUUGAUUCAUAUGAUUGGUGUGGAUUUAAACGAGGGCACGGAGGUGUUUCAACAUCAUUUCAACAUAAUUCAUUACAAAUCAUUAAUAAUAUGGAAAUUAUUAAAAAGAAAUUUGGAUUAAAAGCACGCAACGAAGAUGAGAAUAUUGAAAAUGAUAAAAGAAGUAUUAGCAUAUAUUAUAAUGAUCAAAGAGCAAAAAGGGGAAAAUUGAAAUUACAUUGGUUUGAAGAAGAAGGAACAAAUAUGCCAGACCUGAGAUUCUUAUUAAAGUCUCAAUAUGAUGUUCCAAUUGAUGAUGAUUUAAAAGAACUUGUUAUAAAUAUACAAAGGAAUAAACCUUUAGUUUUAAGAGAUGGUUUAUGGUUUAGAAUGGAUGAUUUUAAAGAUAAUAAAUUAUAUGAUGAUUUUGUCUUCUCGGUGGUCGCUACUAGACAAGAAAAAGAAAAAGGUGAACAAAUUGCAGUUGAAGAAUAUAUUUCAGUAAAAAGUCUAGAUUGGCGAGCUGUUGAAAAUAUUGACAAAAAACCUUCAUUACAAUUUGAUGAUGAAGAAGUUCAUAAAACUGUUAAAAAUACUCUUGAUUUUGCUAAAAAAAUUGCUAAAUUUACUAAAAUAAAUUGA